AUGCACACUGAACCGAAAUUAGGGUUUGUGUUGGAGGAGGAAACAGCAAUGGCGCCCAAGCAGGGAACUCGUAAGGGUAGCAGAAACCCGGAGUUGAUAAGGGGCAUUGGAAAAUACUCGAGAUCGCAGAUGUACCACAAGAGGGGUAUUUGGGCUAUCAAGGCCAAAAACGGUGGCGUUUUCCCUCGUCACGACCCUACACCGAAACCUAAAACUCCCGCUCAAAAACCUCCAAAAUUUUAUCCUGCGGAUGAUGUCAAGAAACCUCUUAUCAACAAGCACAAGCCAAAACCCACUAAGCUCAGGGCUAGCGUUACCCCUGGGACAGUGCUAAUUCUUCUCGCCGGCAGAUUCAAGGGAAAGAGGGUAGUCUUUUUGAAGCAGCUUCCUUCUGGGUUGCUUCUUGUGACGGGACCUUUCAAGAUUAAUGGAGUUCCAUUGAGACGUGUCAACCAGUCCUAUGUCAUUGCCACAUCCACCAAAGUAGAUGUUUCUGCGGUUAACGUGGACAGGUUUGAUGACAAAUACUUCUCAAAGGAGUCCCAGAAAAAGAAGAAGAAAGGAGAGGAAGAGUUUUUUGAGGCAGAGAAGAAGGAAAAACAUGUCCUGCCCCAGGAGAAGAAAGAGGACCAGAAAAAUGUGGACUCUGCGUUGAUAAAAAUCAUUGAGAGCAUUCCUGACUUGAAUGCUUAUCUAGGUGCCAGGUUUUCCCUAAAGGCUGGUGUGAAACCUCAUGAGCUAGUCUUCUAG